CCUGUGAUGCAUUUGACUCGCAAAAGGCUGGCGAACUUCGGACUUGCAACCACAUCGGCCUUUUUUGGUGCAGCAAUUGAGUGCCAAUGCCAUGGGAAAUACUCGCCUAGUGUGUGAAUACUGUGAUAUGGCCCCCUGCUGUUACAUCUCCUCUCCCUUCUGAAAGGCCAUUUCAGUCCCGCAGUCUGACGCCAUGCGCAGCUCAAAGCUGCUGGCGUCCUGGACGCCCAAGUUGGUCUGCAGGCAGCUCUCUGAGUCUCGCCCAGGCGUUCUGGCUGAUCUAUAUCCUAAUGCCUAUGCGCCGCUUUUCCAGCCCAGAGCUGGCCCGACACGACUAUAUUCGAAUAUCCCGGCUCAGGUCCAUACCAACAACGUCAUCUCUUCUCUCACCGGAUAUCGCUCUCCUCUACAUGCACGGUCACCUCUGACUUCUUUCGGAACUACUCAGCAAACACGGUCCUUCUUCGUAACUCCUCGAUUGUUCGAUGCCAAAGCGCAGACGUCGCAGAAUUCUACUGAACCGCUAAAGGAUGAUCCUCGAAAGGCUGCCCAAGAGAGCGAAGGCGAAGAAAUCGACAAAGGGUUCGAGCUAUCAGAAAAAGCCGCUCAGGCUUCUCAGAUCAACCUGAGUGCGAAGCUGGCGAGCGAUGGUCUACGAGGGAAGAAGGCUGGGUUUGGGGAGAUAUGGAGGUUGAUCAAGAUCGCGCGGCCUGAAGCCAAGGUCCUGUCGGUGGCAUUUUUCCUGCUUUUAAUAUCUUCUGCCAUUACCAUGUCGAUUCCUUUCUCUAUUGGAAAGCUUAUGGAUGCGGCAACGAAGAGUGCUGCCGAGGGUGGAAAUGAGCUCUUCGGUCUGAGUCUCCCCGUGUUCUACGGAGCUUUGGCUGGCGUUCUCGCUUUGGGUGCCGCUGCCAACUAUGGUAGGAUUGUCAUUCUCAGAAUCGUCGGUGAACGGAUCGUGUCGAGGUUACGCUCAAAGCUCUUCCGCCGUACGUUUGUUCAGGAUGCGGAGUUCUUCGAUGCUAAUCGGGUUGGUGAUCUGAUCUCUCGCCUGAGCUCGGAUACGAUCAUUGUCGGCAAAAGUAUCACCCAAAACCUUUCCGAUGGUCUACGCGCAGCUGUUAGCGGUGUCGCAGGUUUUGGACUGAUGGCGUAUGUCAGUCUGAAACUGUCCAGUAUCUUAGUACUGCUGCUUCCUCCCGUCGGACUUGGAGCGUUCUUCUAUGGCCGGGCCAUCCGAAACUUGAGUCGCAAGAUCCAGAAGAACCUAGGUUCACUGACCAAGAUCGCGGAGGAACGACUCGGAAAUGUGAAGACUAGUCAGUCUUUCGCCGCUGAGAUCCAAGAAGUCCACCGAUACAACACCCAAGUGAGGAAGAUCUUCGACCUUGGUAAAAAGGAGUCAUUGAUCAGCGCUACCUUCUUCAGUACUACUGGACUCAUGGGUAAUAUGACUAUCCUGGCCCUCUUGUAUGUUGGAGGUGGUAUGGUCAAAUCGGGCGCCAUCUCUCUUGGAGACCUAACGUCAUUCCUCAUGUACACAGCAUACGCUGGAUCCAGCAUGUUUGGCCUUUCUAGCUUCUACUCUGAGUUGAUGAAAGGUGUUGGUGCUGCAAGCCGCUUGUUCGAACUGCAGGAUCGAGAGCCGAAGAUAUCCCCGACGAAGGGUGAGAAAGUCACCUCUGCGCGUGGCCCGAUUCGGUUUGAGAAUGUGUCUUUUAGUUACCCCACGCGACCUGCCGUCACUAUUUUCAAGGACCUCAAUUUUGAGAUUCCACAGGGAACAAAUGUCGCUGUGGUUGGACCUUCUGGAGGAGGAAAAUCGACUAUUGCAUCCCUGCUCUUGCGGUUCUACAACCCCACUAAGGGCAGGAUUUUGAUCGAUGGCAAGGAUAUCAGCAAAUUUAAUGCCAAAUCCCUUCGACGAAAGAUCGGCAUUGUUGCACAGGAGCCAGUCCUCUUUUCUGGAACGAUUGCAGAGAACAUUGCGUAUGGAAACUCCAAGGCCACCAGGGCAGAGAUUAUUGCUGCAGCACGCAAGGCGAACUGCACGUUCAUUAGCGAUUUCCCUGAUGGUCUAGAUACACAUGUUGGAGCUCGUGGUGCACAACUGUCUGGUGGUCAGAAGCAACGCAUUGCCAUUGCGCGUGCCUUGGUGAAGGAUCCAGAUAUCUUGAUUCUUGACGAAGCGACAUCUGCACUAGAUGCGGAGUCCGAAACACUCGUGAAUAGUGCACUCGCCGCUUUGCUUCGUGGUAACAAUACUACGAUCAGUAUCGCUCACCGUCUCUCCACCAUCAAGCGCUCCGAUACGAUCAUUGUCCUAGGACCAGAUGGAAAGGUUGCUGAGCAAGGCACCUACCAGGAGCUGAGCUCUCGACCAGACGGUGCGUUUACAAAGCUGAUGGAAUGGCAGAUGAGUGGCGGUGAUACGUCACCGCAGCCACCCAGCAAGCAGCGCGGCCCUCCGUCCGAGGAGCAUUUAGAAGAAGAGCUCCAUGAAGAUGAAGGAGAGGAGCAAGAUAAAAACGAACCUAAUGAGGAGACAAGAAAGGAGAAGCAAGAUUCCCAGGCCUAAAGUGAGGUCUGGGUCUGUUGGUCUAUGAGCCGACCUUUAUCCUUUCGGUGGACUCUUCUGUAGAUAACUACGGAACGAUAAGUCUCUAUCACGAGUCCUCGUGGCGUUCCAUUUUUCAGAUUUUUUGGUGUGUGAGGUCUUGAUAGACGGUCGAGUUAUGUAUGUCAUACUUUGCAUUGUACAUAGUUACAGUUUUGUUUCGUCUCUCUGGAGUCGUUUGAUUUUCUACUAGCACCAUCUGCGUCACUACUCUCCUAUAUAGAAGAUACCACUGUUCAACGACAAAAUGUCUUUGCACAUUUAGUGCUCCGUAAAAGGACGCUCUCUGCUCGACUCCCAAGUAUUUCUUCCAUUUGUGCUGCAUAUCUAAU